GCAUGGACAAGCUGAACAAGCUGGCCGUGCCGGCCGGGGAGAAGUUCAGGAAGCUUCAAAAAAUGGUGCAUGACAUGAAGAAAAAUGAAAGUGGGAUAAUAAACAAGUUCAAAAAGUUCCAAAAUGAACAAGUGGCCUUAAUUUGCAAAACUGGGAAAGAUACUUGGGAUCGGCUAAAAAAAAAACCUCCACCAAGUCUACCACAAAGGGAUUAUGCUUCAGCACAUGCAGACAAUGAAGAGGAACAAUGGUCAGAUGAUUUUGACAGUGAUUAUGAAAAUCCAGAUGACCACUCUGACUCUGAGAUGUAUGUGGUCCCCAGUGAAGAGAAUCCUGAUGACAGCUAUGAGCCUCCUCCAAGCGAGCAAGAGAAAAAGAAGAUUCCCUCCGCAUUCCCUAUUUCUAGGGGUGAAUAUGCAGACAAUCGUACUGGUCACCAGCAGCUUCCUCCCAUCAACAAACCUCUCCCACGUACGCCCAGUCCAGCCUCCUCCAGACCAAAGAAACCAUCUGUGCCAUUCCUGCCAUUGCCAUCUCCUGCUGCAAAACCAAAAGUAGCACCAAAGCCUAAGGCGUGUAGUGAUGAUGAGGAUAAUUACAUUGUGCCAGUGGACAAUGACGAUAACUAUAUCGAACCGACUGAGAGCAGCACAUCACUACCUACAAGAUCUCCUGUGAACAGAUUUAUGAAGACAGCAAAGUCACCCCUCCCUACUUCUCCAAAGCCUUCACUUACUUCUGAUACACAAGAAGUCUAUGAGGUUCCUGAAGAAGAGGAAAAAACAUCACCACCACCAGUAACCAGGUUCACUAAGCCACUUCCAGCUAUGCCUGCUCAGAAUAUGGAGCACUCCCACGUGCACAGCAUGACCAGAGAGUCACCUAAGCUGGACGCUUCCAGAAAUAUUUUACCUCUUCCCAGAAAUCGUCUUCAUCAAAAAGCA